AUGGCAGUCAUCGAUAUUAAGACACAGGAUCAAUUCAGCGAGCUCACGACGAGCGACGUCAAUGAUAAACUGAUCGUGCUCUAUUUCCACACUUCUUGGGCAGAGCCUUGUAAAACCAUGAACGAGGUGAUCAAAGCCUUGAGUGAUGAGCCUGCAAACAGUCAAACGCGGUUUUUGGCCAUAGAUGCAGACGAAAACGCUGAAAUCUCGGAAUUGUUCGAAGUUACCGCUGUACCUUUCAUUGUUUUCAUUAAAGACGGCAUAAUCUUGAAAGAACUCUCCGGUGCCGAUUCAAAGGAGGUCGUGAAGGCGCUGAACCAAUUCACAGGCAACUCUGGCCAGCCAUCGGGUCAAAUCGCCGCCGCCUCAGGAGCUGAACACGUACAACCAGAAGAAACAGAAGAAGAACUCUCUGCUCGUUUAAAGCAGCUAACGGGUGCUGCACCUGUAAUGCUGUUCAUGAAAGGUACCCCGUCUGAACCCAAAUGUGGGUUUUCUAGACAAAUGGUCGGUAUUUUGCGAGAACAUCAAGUCAGAUUUGGGUUUUUUGACAUUCUGAAAGACGAUUCCGUGAGGCAAGGUCUCAAAGCGUAUUCAGACUGGCCCACUUUCCCCCAGCUAUAUAUCAGCGGGGAGUUUCAAGGUGGUCUGGAUAUCAUCAAGGAAUCGCUCGAAGAGGACCCAGAGUUCUUCCAGCACACUAUUAAUGCUAAUUAA